CGCUGAGUCUCAUUGAGAUCCUUCAUAACGUAAGAAUCAAAGUCUUGAAACAAAAUGGAGACAAUUUACAUCGUCUUCGGCCUUUUGGCUCUCUUCAUGAUUGCUCAGGCUGUAUUCGCGGAUCGUUCACCCAUCCCCGAGACAUCCGGCAAAGUCUACAAGAUCUCCGCCCCCUCGGAGCUCGAAUCAGUCCUCGCAUCAAACACGCACGUCGUAGUAGAUUUCUACGCAGACUGGUGUCCACCCUGCCGCGCCAUCGCGCCUGUAUUCUCAAACCUAGCAGACGCCCACGCCUCAGAGGGACAACUUGCUUUUGCCAAGGUCAACACUGAUCAUGUGAAGGACGUUGCGGCAAAGUAUGGAAUUAGUGCUAUGCCGACCUUUGUUUUCUUUGAGAAUGGCGUUGCGAAGGGUGUGCAGGUUGAGGGGGUGAAGAGCAGGGCUGUUGCGUUUACGAAGGAUGGGAGGGUUGAUAGGAUUAGGGGCGCGGAUCGGGGUGCGCUUGAGGCUGUUGUUAAGGCUUUGGCUAGUGAGAAGUGAUGGGAUUGAGGGAUUGAGGGAUUGAGCAGGGGUGUAGGUCAAGAUGUUGAAGGCCACAUGAGGAAACCAGCUCAAGUAAGGCAUUAAGAAUGAAGCAUCACACUAUUGUGUACUUUGCUACAAACUACGAUCGAGACUCUCGGAAAACACUAUGAAAAGGCAAGCUCAUGUUAAACAAGGGGAGUUCAAUAGACUCCCCCGGAGAGGAAGAAAACUUCUGAUGUUCAGCUACCGUGAUAAAAUAAACCAGUCUCAAGGACUGUUUAAUUUAUGUCAGACUUACCUAGA